AGGAGGAUCAUCAAAAGUCUCCAAUAAAAUUAGUUCGAAUCUAGAUGGUAGUGGAAUCGAAAAGAUGUGGAAAUAUUUGUCAAAUUGGGUCGUUGACAGAUGUGGUCAAAAUUUUUGUACGUCUACUAAUAUGUCUACUAAAAAUCUGAGUGCCCCUAAAGCCCCUGGUCCAUUUACAAGAGACUAUAACGAAAUAAAACAUGCCGCAAAAGCGGUGGGUAGAGACGAGCAGUUUACUUCCCAUAGAAAAGGUCACCGUGAGAGGUCGUCCAGUCCAUCAGACAGAACUGGAGGUCACAAAGCUCGUAGCGAACCAAAGUUUGAAGGUGGCGGUCGUAAGAAAGAUGAGAAGAAAGAGACCAUCCACGAAUUCCCUGAAAACAAUUCAAGUUUCCGUGUAGGUUCCGCAAUCAUAUCUGCAAACGCUUCGGAAACCCGGUCGGGAGAGACUACCAUGAAUAGCGAGAUGAGGGGCACCGUACCGCUCUACGGAAUUCCGAGCAAAACCAACGAGGUUCAAACGGAAAAGGGUUCAAAAGCAAGCAAAGUUUAUGGAAUGUCACCCGUAGAAGGAAGCGUCUUGUCUCCGGGCAAGUUGACCAUGAUUUCGCCGUCUCUUAACCCAUCCGAGUACCAUAAAAUGUACCAAGUGGGAGACAUGAUGAAGGGAAAGGUGAAUGCCAAGGAACUCCAAGCAGCCUUCGAAGUGUUUCAAGGGAAACACUUUUCGGACGCUUCCUGUAAGUUCGUGGUGAGACUGUUCGAUCUCGAUAAGGCCGGAGGAUUAGAUACGAAAGAGUUCGAAACGUUGUAUUUUUUCGUUAAGCAGUGGGUCGAAGCCUUCAACGCAUAUGACACCGAUAGGACUGGGUUUCUGAACGAAUCCGAGUUCGACUACGCGUUGAGAAAGAUGGACAUUAACUUUUCGAAGGAGUUCAUCAAAUUUCUUUUGACCAAGCAUGAUCCGACCAACAGGAAGAUCUCGUUGGACCAGUUCAUACUCUUCUGCAUCCAGGCGCAAAGGUUCACCGAGGAGUUCAAGGCGAGGGACCAAAAUUACAGCGGGAACAUCAAUCUCCGAUACGAAGAUUUUUUAGAAUUAAUAAUGAGAUGCUUCUAAACGCGACAACAAAUUUCCGUUUCAUUAACUCGUGCCAUGUAGAUGUUAUUUUUAAAGGUGGAUCAAGGUCACUUCUAUCAAAUGCAUAUUGAAUAAAAUAAAAUUACGAA